AUGGACGUCUCGUUGCCCCUGGAUCAAAUCCAGAGCGGCUACAGAUUCGCUUGCUCCUUGAUAAAUCCCACCAAUUUCAAACAUAAACUCCCCUUCAAUGGCGAUAUCUUCUCACCGAGAAGGAAAUUCUCUCAAUUCAGGUGCUAUAUGUUGGACCAGGGAUUAAGGCCCCGACCGAUGCCCACAAAACCUUUAAAAGAAUUCAACAAUUGGGAAGAAAAUCCUCCCGAGGAUCCGAAUUCCAGUUCCGGUAUCUGCGGGCAGAUAGAAAAAUUGGUUCUUUGCAAGAGGUACGCCGAGGCUGUCGAGCUAUUUGAGAUUCUUGAAUGCGAGAGUGGUUAUCAUGCUGUCAAGGCCAGUACUUACGAUGCAUUGAUCGGCGCAUGUGUACUACUGAGAUCGAUCACGGGCGUCAAGCGAGUAUUCAACCACAUGCUGAAUUCCAAGGUCAAGCUCGAUUUGUACAUGAUGAACCGGGUUUUGUUGAUGCACGUGAGGUGCGGGAUGACUAUGAAGGCCCGCCUGCUGUUUGAAGAUAUGCCCGAGAGAAACACUGUCUCCUGGAACAUGAUAAUCGGCGGCCUUGUCGACUCGGGUGACUUCAUAAAUGCCUUCAGAUUGUUCCUCAGGAUGUGGUCAGAGGAGGAUGAUAUGGAGACUGCUGGGUCCCGCACGUUUACCAUCAUGAUCCGGGCCUCAACUGGCCUGGAGCUCAUAUCCUCCGGCCAGCAGCUUCACGCUUGCACCAUAAAGAUGGGCUUCGGUAGUGAUGUGUUCAUUUUGUGCGCCUUGAUCGAUAUGUACAGCAAAUGUGGUAACAUUGAGGACGCCAAGUCCGUUUUCUAUUCCAUGCCAGAGAAAACGACUGUUGCCUGGAACAGCAUAAUUGCGGGCCACGCCCUCCACGGCUACAGUGAGGAGGCGCUCGCCAUGUCUAAUCAGAUGCAAAAAUCGGGGGCUAAGAUGGACCACUUCACAUAUUCCAUAAUCGUGCGGGUCUGCUGCAGGCUGGCUUCGGUGGAGCACGCGAAGCAGGCCCACGCAGGCCUUGUACGGAAUGGGUUCGGUUCAGACACGGUCGCCAGCACGGCCCUCAUCGACUUUUACAGCAAAUGGGGAAGACUGGAAGACGCCCGGAACUUAUUUGAUAGAAUGCCCCACAAAAAUGUCAUGUCAUGGAAUGCCUUGAUAGCCGGAUACAGAAGCAACGGGCGUGGGCACGAGGCAGUCGAGCUUUUCGACUGCAUGACUCGCCAGGGGAUGAAGCCCAACCACGUCACGUUCCUUGCUGUCCUGUUCUCCUGCUGCAGCUCGGGCCUGACAGCCCGGGGGUGGGAGAUAUUUAAGUCAAUGGGGCUGGACCAUGGAGUGAAGCCACGGGCCAUGCACUAUGCAUGCAUGGUCGAGCUUCUGGGCCGGGAAGGCCUGCUGGAUGAGGCCUUUGCGUUGAUAAGGGAUGCCCCAUUCAGGCCCACUGUGAACAUGUGGGCUGCGCUGCUCACGGCCUGUAGGGUCCACAAGAACCUGGUGCUCGGGAAGUAUGCAGCUGAGAGACUCUACAGAUUGGAGCCCGAGAAACUGUCGAGCUACGUGGUGCUUUUGAAUAUUUAUUAUGCGUCCGGGAAGAUGGAGGAGGCUGCUGCUGUCCUGAGAACGUUAAGGAGAAAAGGUCUUAGGAUGCUUCCGGUGUGUACUUGGAUAGAUAUUAAGCAACAGCAGUAUGCGUUCUUUAGUGGGGAUAGGUCGCAUCCCGGGAGCAAGGAGAUAUAUGAUAAUUUGGAUGAGGUCAUGCAGGAAAUUUUGAAGCAUGGAUAUGUUCCACAGAUAAAGACUUUGCUUCCCGAUGUGGAUGAACGGGAACAAGCUUUGAUGUUUUAUCAUAGUGAAAAAUUAGCUAUAUCAUACGGACUGAUUAAUACGCCUGCUUUUUCUCCCUUGCAGUUUGUCCAGAGUCAUAGAAUUUGUGAUGACUGCCAUAGUGUGAUCAAGCUGAUCUCCAUGGUUUAUAAAAGAGAGAUUGUUUUCAGGGAUGGUAGUAGGUUUCAUCGUUUCAGAGAUGGAAGUUGUUCGUGUGGAGAUUACUGGUGA